AUGGGGUCCAAUAUGGCGCUCUCCUUGAAGGAGCUGGCGUCGCUUUUAAGUGUGUUGUCAGAAGAUGCUACUCAAACACAAAGUUUUGAGCAAAUUGCUACAAGCUUUCAUCAUUACUUUCAAAAACAAGACCACUUCAAAGUUGGAAGUGCCCUGGUGUUGCUCCUACAGAACCGUGACCUGCUGCCCCACCCAACCCAGAAACUGGCUGCAAUCUUCCUGCUGUAUGAGAUGUAUCGUGCUGAUCAGCCCAUAGCUCAUAAUCCAUUUGCUUCAGUUUUCGUACAUCUCUUGAACCCUCCAACAGAGAAUCAGGAAGCUGGACAAUACGACCUGCACUGGGCUAUCCCUGCCAUCACCCCAGCGGAGAAGUACUUCCUCUCACAGCUCAUCUCCAGUCCCACCAAGGAGAUGUUCAAGAAAACUCCUACACAGAUCAUUCAGAUGGAUGUAGGCAAUAUGCAGAACUUCGAUGUGAGUGGAUUGAUGUUGGCUUUGACAGAGAGACACUCUGAGAUGCCGGCCAUGAGCAAGUCAGCCAUCCCUGUUGUUGUACCUGACCCGGACAACAAACCAACAACGUUUGAGCAGUUUGGUAAGCCUGGUCAGAUCAACCCUGACGUCCAGCGACACUGUAUGGAGGAGCUGUUUACAAACAACAAGCCGCCCGUGGAAAACUGCAUGAGACCAGAAUUUAUACGCCUUGCCCCACCACUACACAUUGCCGAGGAUGAGUUAUGCUGGUUGAACCCAACAGAUGUGGAGUACAACAUAGGGUGGGAUACGACUAUGUGUGUGAGCAGUUCUGUGGGCACGGAGGUGCGCCGCCUAAUGGCCAAGGCUUUCAAGGGCCCUCUCAACCCACAACAAUCACAACAACUUCUAGCCGAGCUGGAGAAGGACCCAAAACUGGUCUAUCAUAUAGGCCUCACUCCCACAAAGUUACCAGAUGUGGUUGAAAACAAUCCAAUAGUUGCAAUAGAGGUUCUGCUUAAAUUGAUGCAGUCCAAUCAAAUAACAGAGUACUUCUCUGUACUUGUAAAUAUGGAGAUGUCGCUGCAUUCUAUGGAAGUUGUCAACAGAUUAACAACAGCAGUGGAGUUACCAUCGGAGUUCAUCCAUCUGUACAUCUCCAACUGUAUCACCACGUGUGAGACAAUCAAGGACCGCUACAUGCAGAACAGACUGGUUAGGCUUGUCUGUGUCUUCCUUCAGUCACUGAUACGCAACAAAAUUAUAGAUGUAAAAGAUAUAUUUAUAGAGGUUCAGGCGUUUUGUAUAGAGUUUAGUCGCAUCCGUGAGGCAGCAGGCCUGUUCAGACUUCUCAAGUCCUUGGAUAGUGAAGACCCUAAGGCUGUGGCACAGGCAAAGGCAAUGUAAGAGAGGAGGUGGGGCUCUCCAAAUGGGCCCUUGUGAUGCAUACACUCUUGAUACUGGUACAUCAGUCAUCAAAAUUAUGACCUGUAUUGGCAAGCCCAUAGUUUUAGCUGGAUGUACCAUGUGAAAUUGAAAUAAUGAGCAAUCCUGGCAAACGUUUUCCAGUACAGGGCUUCUUCAUAUGUGCUAAUUUUGACAACUGGUGUAAGCAUGAAUUACUGCAAAACUUUUGAUCAAGUGACACUCUUGAAACAGUUGGAGGAAUGGUUAGUGAUGGAUAUAGUUGCAAUACUCAGACAAGGACUGUGUCACAGUGUUUUCUAGUGCAAUGAAACAUGCAGUGAUAGGACAUUUUUACCAGGCAGCCAGACAUGGUGAACUGAUGCAUGGAGUGCUAUGCUUUAAGCAAACAACCAUUUUUUAAAGCGGAUUCAUUAAAAAAUGCUCUAUUUGUUAAGAAUAGAUAUAUUUGAAAUACUUCUUGGCGUUAUCUGCAAACCUAAUGCUUAUAGGAAGAUAAUCAAUAACAAUGUGUUUGUUUAUUUUUUAAUGUGGUCAAGGUGGAUAUAAAUCCGUAAUAA